AUGAUUUACAUCCAAUCAAUGGAUGAGGAAGAGAGAUACGUAACUCAUAACGGGGUCAACAUUUAGAUCGCAUGCUUGCUGGUGCUGCCUACAAAAUUUGUGUCUGCUCUCCUCAUUGGGCAGACACCAUCUCUCCUCUCUCUCUCUUCACCUCUCUGUUUUCUCCCUCCCCCUCUCAUUUCCACCCUCCUAUCUUUCUUUCCCAGCAAAGCCGUCCAGCCCGCCUGCACAUUCAGCCCCUCCUGCUCUCGUCUCCCAAGGUCGCUCCAGUCUGAAAAGAGACAGGAACAGCAGGUGCACUGCAGAAAGCUACCACCGCUCUCCCUGUGUGCGCGCAUAUAGUGUGUGUGAGAGCCAUGUGAGAGAGUGAACGCAUUCCAUUGGAGCUCUGCAGAGCUGGGCAAAAAUUGAAGCUUCACUUUUAGAGGAUGUGUGCAGUCGCAGGCAGACAGGAUGCAGAUGUUUGUCAACAUCAUGACCCCCACAGCUGCUUAGACUGCAGAGGAGGCGAGGGAGCUACCGUUGCACUGGACUGGGAUUGUCUCUGACCCCCCCCACCCCUCGCCUUCCCUGUUUCUCCUCUUUGUCACUGGAUCUAAAUACUGCAAGCUGCAUUUAAGGGAGAACCGAAAGGUGGCCACACUGGAAAUUUCGAAGAUCUGCUGAAGAGGCUAGUCCCAGUUCCACCAUGUCCUUGGCAUUCUGUGGGAGUGAGAAUAACUCGGCGGCCUACAAUGUGGACGGGGGUGUUCUGAACAACGGGUGUUUCCUGGACGCACUCAACGUGGUGCCACACGUCUUCCUCCUCUUCAUCACAUUCCCCAUCCUCUUCAUCGGCUGGGGAAGUCAGAGCUCAAAAGUCCACAUCCACCACAGCAUCUGGCUUCAAUUCCCAGGUCACAACCUGCGUUGGUUGCUCACCUUUGUGCUGCUCUUCAUUCUUGUCUGUGAGAUUGCAGAGGGCAUUGUCUCCGAUGGGUUCAGCCAGUCUCUCCAUCUUCACCUGUACAUGCCUGCUGGUCUUGCCUUUAUGGCUGGCAUCACCUCGAUUGUCUACUAUCAUAACAUUGAGACCUCCAACUUUCCCAAACUGCUAUUAGCCCUCCUCAUCUAUUGGGUUCUUGCCUUCAUCAUGAAAACCAUCAAGUUUGCCAAAUACACAGAGCAUGGGAUCGGCCCCAGGCAGCUACGCUAUUGCAUCACGUGCCUGCUGGUGCUGCUCUAUGGACUCCUGUUGGCUGUGGAGAUCAAUGUGAUCCUGGGCAGACGCUACAUGUGUUUCGCCAACCCGACAGAAGUGAAGCCCCCUGAGGACCUUCAGGACCUGGGUGUUCGUUUUCUGCAGCCCUUUGUCAAUCUACUAUCCAAAGCCACCUACUGGUGGAUGAACACCUUCAUAACCUCGGCUCACAGGCGACCCAUUGACCUCAAAGUCAUUGGAAAGCUCCCCAUCGCAAUGAGGGCUCUCACAAACUACAUGAGGCUCCGCAAGGCCUUCGAAAAUCAGAAGAGACCUCAGGGUACGACGCCGCAGGGUCCCAAAUGGAUCUGGCAGGCCUUGAGGAAAGCGUUCGGCAGACCUCUCAUCCUUAGCAUCACAUUCCGCUUCAUGGCUGACGUGCUCGGCUUCGCUGGGCCGCUCUGCAUCUCUGGCAUCGUUCACCACAUCAGCAAGGACAACCGAACCAUCCAGCAACCGAUGAGGUUGCUUGGGAUUUAUUUUCUUUCCUCCAAGGAGUUUCUGGAGAAUGCAUAUGUGCUGGCCGUCUUGCUCUUCUUUGCAUUGCUCCUGCAAAGAACAUUCCUCCAGGCGUCCUACUAUGUGGCUAUCGAGACUGGUAUCAAGCUACGUGGGGCCAUACAGACCAAAAUCUACAACAAGAUCAUGCGUUUGUGCACAUCCAACAUGUCCAUGGGCGAGCUAACUGUCGCUCAGAUUUGCAACCUGGUUGCCAUAGAUACCAACCAGCUCAUGUGGUUCUUCUUCCUCUGUCCAAACUUGUGGGCUAUGCCCGUACAGAUUAUCGUGGGAGUGAUCCUCCUCUAUUACCUCUUGGGAAUCAGUGCCUUGAUAGGAGCCACUGUCAUUGCUGUGCUCGCGCCUGUUCAGUAUUUUGUUGCCACAAAGCUGUCACAGACCCAGAAGAGCACUCUGGAAUAUUCUAGCGAGCGCCUCAAGAAGACCAAUGAAUUGCUUCGAGGCAUCAAAUUACUUAAGCUCUAUGCAUGGGAACGCAUCUUCUGUGACAGUGUGGAGGAGACCAGGGGCAAGGAAUUGACCAGCCUGAGGGCCUUUGCGCUUUACACUUCCAUAUCCAUCUUCAUGAAUGCAGCUAUUCCAAUUGCAGCUGUCUUAACGACAUUUGUUGUUCACGUACACAUCUCGGAGGACGCUGCCUUGUCUCCAGCCGUGGCCUUCGCCUCCCUCUCCCUCUUUCACAUUCUUGUCACGCCACUCUUCCUGCUCUCCAGCGUCGUGCGCUCCACUGUCAAAGCUCUCGUCAGUGUUCAAAAGCUCAGCGAGUUUUUCUCGAGUGAUGAGAUUGGAGAUGAGCUCGAGCCCAGAACGACUUUGACCUCGGGCUCCAACAACCAUAACCAAAAUAGGUACCAGGCUUUGCCCUUGAAAGUGGUGAACAGAAAGCGUCCCCCAAGAGACGACUGGAACAACUACAGAUCACAAGGGGACCAUGAGGGUGACGGACCCUCCCCGGUUGUGGACCAAGACGUUUGUAUCAAGAUUUGCAGCGGUUAUUUUACGUGGACGGACGGACCACCUACGCUAGCCAAUGUGGACAUUGUAGUUCCCUUUGGCAAGCUGACCAUGAUUGUGGGCCAAGUGGGUUGUGGGAAAUCGUCUUUACUGCUGGCGGCGCUGGGUGAGAUGCAGCGAGUCUCAGGAACAGUCACAUGGAAUAGUUUGCCCAAUCUGGAGUCAGAGGGUGAUGAAAGUCCCACAGAUAGAGACACAGCUGGUGAUGGUGACAUCAGGAAGAGAUGUGCCGUGGCCUACGCUUCUCAGAAGCCCUGGCUGUUGAAUGCUUCCGUCACAGAGAACAUCACAUUUGAGAUGCCAAUGAUUAAAACCAGAUACAAGGCUGUCAUCGACGCCUGCUCUCUUCAGCCUGACAUCGACAUCCUUCCACAGGGCGAUCAGACCGAAAUCGGGGAGAGGGGCAUCAUCCUCUCGGGAGGGCAGAAGCAGCGUAUCAGUGUGGCCAGAGCCUUGUAUCAGCAGACUAAUGUUGUCUUUCUGGACGACCCAUUCUCUGCCUUAGACAUUCACUUGAGUGACCAUCUCAUGCAAGACGGUAUCCUCAAACUGCUGAGAGAGGAGAAGAGAACCGUGGUGCUGGUCACACACAAAUUACAGUAUCUGCUGCAUGCCGACUGGAUUAUUGCCAUGAAAGAUGGCACCAUACAGACAGAAGGUACACUUAAGGACAUCCAGAGGUCUGAACCUGAAUUAUUCGAGCAAUGGAAGACGCUGAUGCACAGACAGGACCAGGAGUUUGAGACGGAGACAGUGGCAUCAAGCAUGACAGAUAUGGAGAGGAAAAACUUGCGGAGAGCAAUGUACUCUAGAGAGGCUGCUAAGACUGAAGAGGAAGAGGAUGAGGAAGAGUUUAGGGAGUACAGUAUCUGGACAAUGAUUUGCAGCAGCAGAGCCCAGCUAAAUAAAGAGAUUAGGUUCAUUGGAGAAGAAUCUGUGGAGAGUGAUGAUGACGACAACCUGUCGCAGCUCCUAAAACACACCCUUAUGGUGUCCAUUGACUACUGGCUGGCACACUGGACGUCACACGUCAUCACGGCCAAGUCGGACGCCACAGCACGCAACUGUACACUUGUUCAGGAUUGCGGCUUCAGUCACUCGUGGUAUCUUUCGGUGUUCAGCGUGUUGUGCUGCCUCGGCAUCAUGUUGUGUUUGGCCUCCUCUGUGACUGUGGAGUGGACCGGCCUAAAUGUAGCCAAGAAGCUCCAUCAGAACCUACUGAACAAGAUCACCCUGGCCCCCAUGAGGUUGUUUGAGACCACACCACUUGGCAACAUCCUCAACCGCUUCUCCACAGAUACAAAUACGAUCGACCAGCACAUCCCCACCACCCUGGAGUGUCUUUCUCGCUCCACUUUGCUCUGUGUGUCCGCCCUGGGGGUCAUUUCCUACGUCACGCCCGUGUUCCUCAUCGCCCUCCUGCCGCUGGCUGUCACUUGCUACUUCAUCCAGAAAUACUUUCGUGUGGCUUCCAGGGACCUGCAGCAGCUAGAGGACAGCACCCAACUGCCUCUGCUCUCCCACUUCUCUGAGACAGUGGAAGGUCUCACCACCAUCAGGGCCCUCAGGUACGAGCCCAGGUUCAGACAGAGGUUACUUCAGUUCAUAGACGCCAACAACAUCGCCUCGCUUUUUCUCACAGCAGCCAAUCGGUGGCUGGAGGUCCGCAUGGAAUAUAUCGGGGCCUGUGUGGUGUUGGUAGCAGCUGUGUCUUCCAUUACAAAUUCGCUCAACGAUGGGCUGCCUCCCGGACUAGUGGGGCUGGGCCUCACCUAUGCGCUCAUGGUGUCCAACUACCUGAACUGGAUGGUGCGUAACCUGGCAGACAUGGAAGUACAGCUUGGAUCAGUCAAGAGAAUUAAUGGCCUCCUCAAAACGGAACCCGAGAAUUACGAGGGUCUGCUCAGCCUGUCUCAGGUCCCAGAAGGCUGGCCCCAACGUGGCGAGAUCCAGAUCCAGAAUCUGAGCGUCCGUUACGAUGCCACGCUCAAGCCUGUGCUCAAAAACGUCCACGCACACAUCAACCCUGGACAGAAGGUGGGGAUCUGCGGCAGGACAGGCAGCGGCAAAUCAUCUUUCUCCCUGGCCUUCUUCCGCAUGGUGGACAUGUUUGAAGGGAGAAUUGUGAUCGAUGACAUUGAUAUUGCUAAGCUGCCGCUGCAGACGCUAAGAUCCCGUCUGUCCAUCAUCUUGCAAGACCCGAUCCUCUUCAGCGGCACCAUUCGGUUCAACCUGGAUCCAGAAAUGAAGGCCACGGAUGAGAUGCUUUGGGAAGCUUUGGAGAUAGCUCAGCUGAAGCCUGUUGUUAAGUCACUUCCAGGAGGGCUGGAUGCCAACGUGACAGAGGGGGGAGAGAACUUCAGUCAGGGUCAGCGUCAGCUCUUCUGCUUGGCAAGGGCUUUUGUGAGGAAGAGCAGCAUCCUCAUUAUGGAUGAAGCCACGGCAUCCAUCGACAUGGCAACGGAGAGCAUCUUGCAGAAAGUGGUAAUGACUGCCUUUGCUGACAGAACAGUGGUUAUAAUAGCACAUCGCGUCCACACCAUCUUGAGUGCCGACCUGGUGAUUGUGAUGAAGCGGGGGAUCAUCCUGGAGUAUGAUGAACCCCAGGCCCUGCUGGGAAAGGAGGAGAGUGUCUUUGCCUCCUUCGUACAAGCAGACAAGUAGCACAAGAAGAGAACAUGUCAAACAAAGGAAGACAUUCAAAGUGCAAUUGAUCCAUGGAAUAUUUACCUUUAUUUUUUAUUCAUACUGUAUUAUAUUUGUAAAUAACAAUGUGAAAUGGUUGUUAAUAAAAUAUAUAUUAUCAUUGAAAUAAAAAAUAU